UGGGCAGCACUGGUCAUGGUUCAAGUGUAAAUCGUAUGCCAUUUGUUUACUUAAUUUAAAGUUGGCUCAAUAUUGUUUGGAAUCGCGACUGGUCGGCAAAAAAGCUGCGCCUAGAUGACAAAAAUGGAUGCAACGCAACACAAGCUGCUACAGCCCGUGAAGGGUUCGAAUCCCUUGGUGUAUUUAGAUAUCACCAUUGGCCAGGAAAGCGCGGGACGCAUGAUAAUUGAACUGCGCAAGGAUGUUGUGCCAAAGACAGCGGAAAAUUUCCGUGCCCUGUGCACAGGAGAACGUGGCAUCGGGCAGCUGGGGCAACCACUGCACUACAAGGGCACACGCUUCCACACCAUCAAGCGAGUAUUUGCCGUCCAAGGCGGCGAUCUGGUCCACAAUGAUGGCACCAGCGGCGAGAGCAUCUAUGGACCACUCUUCGAGGACGAGAACUUUGAACUGACGCACAAUGACGAAGGCGUCGUCAGCAUGGCCAACUAUGGCAAGCCACACACCAACAACUCACAGUUCUUCAUCACAGCCGUUGGCUGCGAAAACCUCAAUGGCACCAAUGUCGUUGUGGGUCGUGUGCUACGUGGCCUCGGUAUUGUGGCCGAAAUGGAGCAGAACUGCACGGAUGAUGCACAUCCCACGGUGGACAUUAUGAUCAGCGACUGUGGGGAACUAGCACCAGACACGGAUUGGGGAGUAGACUGCAAUGAUGAGACAACAGACAAACUGCCACCAUAUCCACAAGAUUGGACGGGCAAAUUCACGAAGCCAACUUCCGACGCUACAGUUCAGCUGCUCACGGGCUUGCGGCAAUCGGGUAAUCACUUCUUUCAGCUGGGCAGAUAUCAUGAAGCACGUGCCAAAUACCGCAAGGCGAAUCGUUACUACACCAUGCUGCGCAAGAACUUCGACUGGCAGCAACUCAAGGGCUGCUCUGAUGACACGGAUCUACGUAAGCUCGACGACUUCUCAGUGGUGAACAACAUCAACAUGGCUGCCGUGGAGCUGAAACUAGAGAAUUAUCAGUAUGCCAAAUACGAAUGCUCAGAGGCUAUACGUCUGGAUCCCAAUUGCAGCAAGGCGUUCUAUAGACGCGGCCAAGCGCAAAGUGCCAUGCGAAACUAUGAAGAGGCUAUCAAGGACCUGAAGCAUGCCCACAAAUUGCUACCGGAGAACAAACAGAUCCUGAACGAACUGAACAGUGCCAAGCAGCUGUUGGCCGAAUACAAUAAACAGCAACGAAAAGCGCUCAAGAAACUGUUCAAUUAGUUAGGGGACAUUUUUUGAAUAUUUUGUACAAGUUGAAAAUUUUGCUCUACUUUUAGUGUAAGCUGUCCAUGUGUUCAAUGUGGAUCGAAAUGACA